AUAGUAGAUAAUCUCAAAAAAUAAUUUUGGGUAAAAAUUGAUUUAAAAGUUCGAUUAAAUAAGUGAGAUCAUUCAAUUGGGGUAAAAUGAAUCUAUUAAAAUAUUCGACAAUUUCAUAAUUCAGUUUGAUUUAAUUUAAUAGAGAAUGAAUGAUUUGUUUUCUAGUAUGAAGGAGUCUAUUAAAUUGAUUUUUUAAAUCCAGAAGACUGAAGAUGAUAGAUUUCUAUACAUUAUCAAAAAUAAUUCAAAUCCAUUUGAAUGCUCUUCAACAGAAUUAGAUUACAUAGUGAAAAUAAUAGAAGGUAAUAUUUUUGAGGAUCACAAUUUAAAAAAAAAAUAAGCUUCCUCUGAACUUAAUGAGGCAAUUGAGAGUUUGAGUAAGGUGCUGUUUAUAGCUUAAGAAUAAAGAAAGUUCAUUUAAAAUAUCGAGAAUUAAUUCACGAAAGUCAAUAAAGAAAAAAGUAUAAUUACUUUGAAAGGAUUUUAGAAAUCGAAAAAUACAUUAGAACAAACCACUUUUAAUCUCAUUAUUUCUAAUGAAGGAAAUUAAGUUUAUCAAAAGGAUGGUUAGAUACUUAGAAUAGAAACGAAGUAACCAUAAAGUUCAAAGGAUGAAUAAAUAUUAAAUAAUAUAGAAUAGAUUAAAAAUUUAUAAUUUAUAGGAGGGUACGGUGCUGAUGGAUAAAAAAUUAAUUUAUGGCACUAUUUUUGGAAGGGAGAAAAAAUUGGAGGAGGUGUCUAUAGUGAAAUUGGUUAAAAAUAAGGAAUGUGGCAAGAUAUAUGUGAAAAUUAUUGGGAUAAAAAAAAUGUGGUAGAGGAAGGUUAAUAUGAAGAUGGAAAAAGAAUUGGCGCCUGGAAUUUCAUUUAUAAUAAUUAAAAUAUUGGAGGGGGGUAAUACGAUAAUGAAGGAUAUGGAACUAAAAAAGGAAAUUGGAUUGAGUUAGCUGAUUAAUUUAUGAAUCAAUCUUAAGUCUUUACUAGUGGUCGGUAUCAUAAUAAUAAGAAAAUUGAUCGUUGGGAUAUUAUAUUUAGGGGUUAAUCGAUUGGUGGUGGAUCUUAUGAAUAUUAGCUUGAGGGAGAUUCAAUUAAAAUAGGGAAGUGGAUUGAAUUGAACGAUAGAUUUUAUGAUGAUUCCUAAGUCACUCAUGUUGGAUUAUAUUGUAAUGGUAAAAAAGUUGGUAAAUGGGAUGUAUAUUAUCAGGAGAAUUAUGGUGAUAAAACAAAUCAUUAAAUUGGUGGUGGAUAAUACGAAGAUUAGUUAGAUGGAGAUUAAAUGAAAAUUGGAAAGUGGAUUGAGUUGAAUGAUGGAUUUUAUGAUAAUUCACAAGUAACAAAUGUUGGUGAAUAUAAAAAUGGGAGAAAGGUUGGCAAAUGGGUUAUUAUGUAUAAGGGAUAAGAGAUUGGUGGUGGUUCUUAUGAAUGUUGGGCAAAGGGAGAUUCAAUUAAGAUAGGAACAUGGAUUGAAUUGAGCUAUGGAUUUUAUGAUGAUUCUUAAGUCACCUAUGUGGGUGAAUAUUAGAAUGGUAAAAAAGUCGGUAAUUGGGAUAUUUGUUAUAAGUUUUAUCUUUUCGAAACACAAAACAUUAUUAUGUAAAGAUAGAUUAAAUCUAAGUGGUGGAGGAGUGUAUGA